UGGCGGCUUGGAGUGGUGACCACGUUGCAUGGGAUUUGGCGGAGAAGGUGCUUAUAUCGCGACCCGAGGGAGGACGCGUCAUUGAAACGGGCGGCUGCCGUCCUACAUGGACGCCUUCGUUCCGCAUACCUAACCGUUCGGAUCCACUCUACGUCCACAACGGCUAGUCCGCACCAAGGAGCGGCUGCACGGAUUUGCCAUCUCGCGCUCACUUCGCCAUCCCCGGAGACGCAGAGCCUGCCGCGCCCCGCUCCGACUUCACAGCACACGCUGCUCUACUUUGAUGGCGGGGCUCGUGGAAACCCCGGCCCUGCUGGCGCGGGGACGGUGAUCCUACAACUUGGUGGCGCAAGCCUCCAGCCCGCCGUCCUCUGGUUGGCCAGCGUUUCCUACGUGUCGAAGACCACGAACAACGUCGCUGAAUAUCGCGCUCUCCUUAACGGCCUGCGUUAUGCGGUACGGCACUCAAUGGUGGGAUUGCAUAUUGUUGGCGACGGCACUCGUUAA